CUCAUUGUUGGCGGUGGGAAUGUAGCGGCACAACGUAUUGUCUCUGUCAGGACAGCAGAUGCACAUGUCAUUCUCGUAUGUCCAGCACAAGGCUUAAUCGACGAGACACGCUACCGCAUUGAAAAUAAAGAAGUAACAUGGAUAGACCGCAACUUUGUAGACAGUGAUCUUGAUGGAAUGGACAUGGUAUUGACUGCCAUGGAUGAUCAUGAAGAAUCAGCAAGAAUUGGCCACUUGUGUCGUUCAAAGCGAAUCCCUGUCAACGUAGCAGACGUUCCUCCAUUAUGUGACUUUUACUUUAUGAGCCAGCACCGUGAGGGACCUUUGCAAAUAGCUGUAUCUACCAAUGGCCAAGGCCCAAAGCUUGCUAAUAUGAUCAGAACAAAGAUCGCAGCCACAUUACCAAAGGAUAUAGGCAAGACAAUCGAAAAAAUGGGUCUGUUACGUGCAAAGGUGCGUGAAUGGGAACCAGCAAUUGAAAACUCUGGAAAGCGCAUGGGCUGGGUAAUCCGAUGCUGUGAAACCUGGGGACUUGAAACCAUGAGCAAGCUGAAUGAACUUAAAGGAAAAGAAGAGGAAAAUCUGUACAAGGUACUCGAAGAAUAUUUCAAAAAAAACGAGGUACCACCAACCAGCCUCGUGUUUCCUUCAUCUCCCGAGAUUGCGUUGAUCGGGGCAGGUCCGGGCGAUCCAGAACUGAUCACUGUCAAGGCCAAACGAUGCUUGCUAGAGGCAGAUUUGGUAGUUAGUGAUCGUUUGAUUCCACAGCAAGUAUUGGACUUAGUUCAAGGGGAACUGAGAAUAGCUCGCAAAACAACCGGCAGAUCAGAUGAAGCACAAGAAGAAUUAUUGGAAUGGUGUCUGGAAGGUCUCAAGAAAAACCAGCGGGUCGUUAGGCUCAAGAUUGGAGACCCCCUGCUUUUUGGGCGUGGUGGCGAAGAGAUUCUGUGGUUCCGUGAGCGUGGCUAUGAACCUGUGAUGGUGCCUGGCAUUUCUAGUGCAUUUUCUGCACCAAUGGCAGCGAUGAUUCCAGUCACUUUCAGAGGUGUAUCAGAUCAAGUAAUCAUCACAACUGGAAGAGGAACCAAAGGAUCCAUGCCUGAUCUACCAGAAUACGGCUCCACUCGUAUGCUAGUAGUUUUGAUGGCAGUUGGAAGAGCAGUUGAGCUGAGACAAAUGCUUCUAGAGCGUGACUAUCCCCUUACAACACCGAUAUGCUGGGUGGAGAAUGCAAAUUGCCCUGAAGAGAGAGUUGUUUUAGGCAUAUUAGAAACUAUGGCAUCCGUAGUGGUAGAUAAUAACAUAAAGGCACCAGCGGUCCUGAUUGUUGGAAAAAGCGUUGAUGUCCUCACACGC